UGGUGAUGAAGAAAUGGUGUCAAAACUGAGCUCAGGUUUGCAGUGGGGGAAGGGUGCACAGAAGCUCAGCCCAGUAUGGGUUGUGCGGUGACUCUACAACGUCUGUGUCGUGGAAAGCAGGAAAUAAAAAUAAUGUGCAUUCGUUGUCAAAACAGACUCCUGUUCACUGUGGCUGUACUACUUCACGACUAGGCGCCAUUAUAAAUACUUCAGUUCUCUGGAAAAUUCAACAGCCACUUGUACUGCCCUAAACCAGGUACUUGUCAAUCUGUGUGUAGCUUAGUCAAAGUUUAAUAAUCAGUGAAGAGUGAUAAUCAAUAAUUUCCAGCUUCACUACAGGAGAACCCACUGUUGCACAGUAAGAGAAGAAUAUUAUCACUUUGUGAAAUUCGCGAAAAGAUUUGGAUUAUCCGUUCACUUUUGGUCAUUGAAUCGCAUUGACCUUCGGUCACAGGGAAAAUAAGUGGAACCCAUGGUUGGACGCUGCAGAGACUAAACUGAAUGCUGUUGGUGGAAAGGCUCUACUUGAUAUUGUUUCUGAAGCACUGAGAAAAGUGGAGGUGGAUGGGGCAAUAGAUGAGUGGAGAAGGAAGGCUGAGGUGGUGCAGCUGGGCUGAUCAUGCAAAAAGGUUUCCCCAUCGCAAUGUAAGGAGCUGGACCGAGUGCUGAUCCAGGUGCUUUCCUGCUGCCAUUCCAAGAAAUGAGGUUGGAAGCAGAAAUAUUUCCCAUGGACUUUGGAUGGAUCAACGGAAACCAAACUUGAAUGGAACCUAUGUGUGCCGAUUUGUGAGACGCCUCUCAUUAAUCACAGCCAUUUAUCCUUCUUCAUAUACCCUUGAAAAGAAAAUGAUGAAGUUGUCUCCCAGAUGAUUAAUGCCAGGAUCAUCUGAGAUGUUUAUUGACACAGUGAUGGCUCGGGCAUGAUGUAGGAGCUCAUAAAUUGCAGCCAUCAUUCUGUUGCCAUGGUUUUGUACACGUCUGCUUUUCCAAAUUCCUUCCUACAAACCCUUCACUCCCUGGCCUGGGGGCUCAUAUUUCCUUGCUACUGGUUUGCCGACCGGUUGUUGGUGUCCUUCCUGCCUACCACCUAUGAGAAACAUCAAAGGGGAGAUGAUCCAUGCUACCUGAGGGCACUCUGUCUCACCAUUGUCAUUCCUGUCUGCCUGGCUUUGCUGCUCACCUCCCUCCCAUUCGCACUGGUGGGUUUUGUGAUCUGGGCCCCUCUCCAGUCUGCCCGCAGACCCUAUGUUUACUCAAAGUUUGAGGAUGGCUCUGAGACCGGUGGGGCAACAGGGCCGGGCAACUGGAAGGCAUUGGGUGGCAAGAGCUUCUGCUUCGCCACAGCCAAUGUCUGCCUCCUGCCUGAUUCUUUGGCCCGCUUCAACAACCUCUCCAACACCCAGCUGAGGUCCUGCGAGGUGGGCAGGAGAAUCCGGAACGGUGCCAGCCGGCCCCAGAUUAAGAUUUACAUCGACUCCCCGACCAACACAUCCAUUAGUGCUGCAAGCUGGAGCAGCCUGGUCUGCCCGCACCCCAAUGAGAACAACCGGGCAAACAGCACGGGGAUCAAGAGGACUUCCUCCAUGGAUUACAAAGGGGACAACUUCAUUGGAAACUGCAGCGAGGACAGCAAGGACUCCAAGCUGGGCUGGGAGCAGAGCGAUGGGGACAGCAACUCCUGCAUUGUCCGCAUCUGCAGUGAGGAGGCAACGUCUUCGGCUGGCAAGGAGGCAGACGCCUGCAGUGUGCAGGUCACCAUAACCCAGCCCACGGAGCCGGGAGAAGUUGAGACUGAGGACCAAAACGACCAGACCCCAAACCACAGGCAGAAGGAAGGAGACAGGAGCAGCCUGGAUAGCAACAAUACGUCCAGAGAAUCCCUGAUCAAGUUCAGGAUCAUUGAUGGGAUGACAGACAGUGGCACCACCUCCAAUAACAAGUUUGUCCACAAGGCCUCGGUCAUGAAGAAGUCAUCCGUGAAGAAAAAGAGACACCAUGGUGAGAACUUUGACCAUGAGCUGUCGGCCUUCUUUCCCGCCAACCUGGACUUCCUCUGCCUGCAGGAGGUCUUCGACAAGCGAUCGGCGGAGAGAUUGAAAGCGCAGCUGAACCCCUACUUCCAGUACGUGCUGUACGAUGUGGGGACCUACGCUUGGCGACGCUGCUGCAGCUUCAAGUUUUUAAACAGCGGUCUCUUUUUUGCCAGCCGCUACCCAAUUUUAGACGUUGAAUUUCAGAGCUAUCCCAAUGGGAAAGGAAGCGACUCGCUGGCAGCCAAGGGAGCCCUUUUUGUAAAGGUGCAUGUUGGAACCACACCUCAGGACCAAAGAAUUGUGGGUUAUGUUUCCUGCACUCAUUUGCAAGCUCUGCCAGGAGAUGCCGCCAUUCGCUGUGAACAGAUGGACCACCUGCUGAGCUGGCUGGCCGAGUUCCGAAAAUCUACCUCUUCACCCAACACAGAGGAGCUGCUGGCAUUCGAUGUUCUGUGUGGGGAUUUCAACUUUGAUAACUGCUCCGCGGAGGACAAGCUAGAACAGCAACAUUCUCUCUUCACCCAGUACAAGGAUCCCUGCCGCCUGAGCCCUGGAGAGGAGCAGCCCUGGGUCAUUGGUACGUUGAUGGACCCAGAAGGACUCUAUGAUGAAGAUACUGUCACACCAGAUAAUCUGCAGAAGGUGCUGGAGAGUGAAGAAGGUCGCAGGGAGUAUCUGGUCUUCUCCCACUGCAAGAACCAGCCAGCUUCUCAGAAGGGGAGGAAGGUGCCAAUGAAGGGCUGUGGACGGAGGAUCGACUACGCUCUGUACUCUGAGGAAGGCCUGAACCCCGACUGGAAAAUGGAGGUGGAGGAGUUCAGCUUCGUCACCCAGUUGGCCGGCCUGACUGAUCACCUGGCAGUGGCCAUGCGUCUCUCAGUGUCGAUCAGAGAAGAGGACCCUUGACUUCCAGGGAGAGACGAAACCUUAGGGGAAGGUGAUGUCUGUGUGGGAAUGAGUGGCUCAUUUUCAGGUUCACAGAUAUGGAUGAGAUACAAGCUGACUAGGCCGGAGGCCUCCCGUUCGAUUUGAUUGUAGAAAUGAUUUAGAGGGUGGUGUUGAAGGCCAUAAUCAACACUGGUUAUUUCCAUGCUCUACGACAGAAAGCAGAGGCCUUGUUGUGGACUUCCAGAAGAGUGGAAAGUGAAAACGACGUAGAUAUUUCGCACUGCCUUAGACUGGUGCCACUCUUGAGGUGUUCCCUCUCUAUUUUGAACUGCCCAGCACAACUUUAGAUUUUGACAAGUCCGUGAAUGUGUGUUUGAUGGGGUUUUUUUGCAGAACCCUUUGUAUAACUUUUGAUGAAUCCGAUGAUUUUUUUGCUUUUUCAAUGAGCACGGCAGUGACAUCUUCGGCAUUAAUGUGUGUGUCCUGUACCCCUAAUGGUGUUAGUGCAUGUCCCAUAGCCAAAGAUGCACGUGUGUGUGUAGAGGAAAACCAACCGCAGCCAGGAAAACAUGGUUAGUUGCUGAGCUACAGGAAUGGACACAUCCUGCGGACUGUUGCUCUAACCACAUUCACCCGAGUCUUGUUGGCAAACUAAGUUUGGGUUCAGCAAAGGAAAACCUGAUGCGUCCUGUCAACUCCAACUACAUGUUGUGUUUUAGCGCAUUUAGUGGAAACCCCUUUUAAGGCCACUUGCCAGCAGAAACUGAGAGACAACUUUGAUCCCACUGGUUUUGGUGCAGAAUAUUGCAACGCGAUUUGGUUCUGAUUCAAGAAUUGUAGCCUUUAUUUUGAAAACCAGAUGCCGGCCCUGUCUGGAAUAUUAACAUUUAUGGUGAACUUUUGCAACACUGUUGUUUGCAGACAUCUUUCAGUUUUGUUGUGGGGUCAUUGAACGAUGCCGAUCACUGGUCAUCAGCCGCAGGUAUUGCCCACCCAGUCCAACUUGUUCAUCAGUCAGCGAGCACUGCCAACCCUCACAGACUGUGGCUUCUGAUGAUGAGCACUGCUGAGCCUGCCUGAGGGAUGGUUCUGGUUGUGAGCACCAUGAAUGACACAUGGACAAAGAGACAGAAAUUCAAAAUGAGGAUCCUGCCAUUUAAAACUGAAGUGCGUAGAAAGGGUGUUGAAUCUCUGGAAGUAUCUGCCCCCAGAGGCUGCAUCAAUAGAAAUAUUUAAGGUGGAGGAAUUACAAGUUACAGGACACCAGCAGAGAAAAGUUGAAGUCAGCAGUGAUCAGCCUUGUUGAUAUUGAACGGCAGAGAACUUGAGUGGCCUGGCGGCCUACCCCUGCUCCCAUUUUCUUGUGCUGUUACGACUUUGCUAGGAGACUAGUUAAGGCAAUCUUGCCAAGCAAACACAGUGUAGGAGAGAGGAAAAGCACUUCUAACCUUAUCUGGGAAGAAUUAGUUGAUGCAAGCAUGUCAGAGCACGAGUGCACACAUAUUCACUAACACUGCUUUUCGUGGAUUCCCGUUUAGUUUUUUGCCUCAUUUUCCCUCGCAGCCCAUAGUUUACUUGGCCCUGGACAAUUUGUGUUCAAUUUCAAUGCUCCUGCAAUUAUCUUUCUCCUUUUCCUGUGGUCAGCUCACAAUUCCACCAUUCUCCUUCCAUUGACUCGGAAGUUGCCAUUAUCUGGUUUGUGGUUGGCCUUGUACUGAAUGUAUAUCCAUAAAACUUUGCUAUUGAGCACUUUCUGUUUUUGUAUGUAACUAAAGGAAAUUUGAAAAAAAAUUGCAAAAUUGCAGUACAUAAGUCUGGUCCCAGCCCACAUGGGUGAGCAGAGGCAGACUGAGGCUCCCGAUCAUUGACAUGCCACGGCGCUGCGGAUCAACCAGCUACCAUGAAAUUCACCCUAAUCUGACAGCAAAAGGUCAGGUAAAAUCUGUACCAGGUGAUCGGCAAUCGCCGUUUCACUGCUUUGACUCUACCCAUAACCUCAGGCAUUUUCCUUUGUUACUUAACAACCACCAAAAUAUACUGAUGCUCUUCUGCACAAGUCCAUGGUUUGCCCUGAACCUUUCACCCAUCCCCUAUAAAUGGUACUUCAGCAGCUUGCUUGGAUGAUGGCCUACCAUUCUUCAUUGUGAGGCUAGACAAAGUAAGGACCUAUAACAUAUAACCAUAUAAAAAUUACAACACGGAAACAGGCCAUCUCGGCCCUACAAGUCCGUGCCGAACAUCUUUUUUCCCCUUAGUCCCACCUGCCUGCACUCAUACCAUAACCCUCCAUUCCCUUCUCAUCCAUAUGCUUAUCCAAUUUAUUUUUAAAUGAUACCAACAAACCUGCCUCCACCACUUCCACUGGAAGCUCAUUCCACACCGCUACCACUCUCUGAGUAAAGAAGUUCCCCCUCAUGUUACCCCUAAACUUCUGUCCCUUAAUUCUGAAGUCAUGUCCUCUUGUUUGAAUCUUCCCUAUUCUCAAAGGGAAAAGCUGGUCCACAUCAACUCUGUCUAUCCCUCUCAUCAUUUUAAAGACCUCUAUCAAGUCCCCCCUUAACCUUCUGCGCUCCAGAGAAUAAAGACCUAACUUAUUCAACCUUUCUCUGUAACUUAGUUGUUGAAACCCAGGCAACAUUCUAGUAAAUCUCCUCUGUACUCUCUCUAUUUUGUUGAAAUCCUUCCUAUACUUGGGCGACCAAAAUUGUACACCAUACUCCAGAUUUGGUCUCACCAAUGCCUUGUACAAUUUUAACAUUACAUCCCAGCUUCUAUACUCAAUGCUCUGAUUUAUAAAGGCUAGUAUACCAAAAGCUUUCUUUACCACCCUACUAUAUGAGAUUCCACCUUCAAGGAACUAUGCACGGUUAUUCCCAGAUCCCUCUGUUCAUCUGUAUUCUUCAAUUCCCUACCAUUUACCAUGUACGUCCUAUUUUGAUUUGUCCUGCCAAGGUGUAGCACCUCAUAUUUAUCAGCAUUAAACUCCAUCUGCCAUCUUUCAGCCCAUUUUUCCAAAUGGCCUAAAUCACUCUGUAGACUUUGGAAAUCCUCUUCAUUAUCCACAACACCCCCUAUCUUGGUAUCAUCUGCAUAUUUACUAAUCCAAUUUACCACACCUUCAUCCAGAUCAUUGAUGUACAUGACAAACAACAACAAAGGACCCAACACCGAUCCCUGAGGCACCCCACUAGUCACCUGCCUCCAACCCGACAAACAACCAUUACCAUCAGUCUGAAGAAGGGUUUCGGCCCGAAACGUCGCCUAUUUUCUUCGCUCCAUAGAUGCUGCUGCACCCGCUGAGUUUCUCCAGCAAUUUUGUGUACCAUCCACCAUUACCCUCUGGCUUCUCCAAUUCAGCCACUGUUGAAUCCAUCUUGAUACUCCUGCAUUUAUACCCAACAGUUGAACCUUCUUAACCAACCUUCCAUGAGGAACCUUGUCAAAGGCCUUACUAAAGUCCAUAUAGACAACAUCCACUGCUUUACCCUCGUCAAUUUCCCUAGUAACCUCUUCAAAAAAUUCAAGAAGAUUAGUCAAACAUGACCUUCCAGGCACAAAUCCAUGCUGACUGUUCCUAAUCAGACCCUGUUUAUCCAGAUGCUUAUAUAUAUUAUCUCUAAGUAUCUUUUCCAUUAAUUUUCCCACCACUGAAGUCAAACUAACAGGCCUAUAAUUGCUAGGUUUACUCUU